AUGGCGUCCGAAUCCGACAAACAUGGCUUCGGCAUGGUAUCACAAGGUCUGGACCGCGCUGAAAUUGGUGUCAGCCCACAGGUGAAAGGGAGCCACCCUCGUCCCCAAGCUGGGACAUCGCAUUACCGCAAACCAUCCAUCCGCCGCACUCUGGGCGACUUGACCUUCCUUCCGUUCGUGGCUCACCCGCAUGAUGGUCUGAGAAAGUUGAAGAGGACCGUUAAGGACAAGAGAGCAGACGCCACUGACCAGCCGACCGCGCCUGAAGAAGCACACGCUCCUUUACUGGCACCCGCCCCGGACAUCGGCUCAGACGAGAGACUGGAGCAUGACUUGAGAGCGAGGCAGAAAUAUCCACCCAUCAAGCAAUUCAUUCAACAUCCUGUAUCAGCGCUCCAGACCGUGGCACGCGAUCAAGGCGGAGACGACUUUGCGGAGAAUGUAGCUCGGUCGGAAGUGCCGCAUGGGGCGAGUGUGAUACUGCUGCGGCAGGAGCAGAAGGUUGAUGAGGCCACCGACGGAAACCAGGAAGCUGAGCAGGAGACGUUGACGCAGCUGAAGCACGCGAGGCAGGACGCCUUCGUUCGUUGGAGCAUGGACCGACAUGUGAGAAGGGUGAAACGACUGCACGACCCAGCAACACACCCGCAACUACCCGGCUUCCGAGAUUCAUGGAGCCACUGGAUAUCCUACAGCCAACAGCUGCUUCAAGACGAGCUCCAGAUCCAUGGAGCGGAACCCCUGAACGAUGCCCCGGAAAGAGCCAAGCCCACUGAAGCUUUGCUCGCAUCAAGCGUCGAAAGGGUAGUAAUCGUGUCUGCGCCGUUCCAGGACCUUAUGAUGCAUCUACGGGGCCUCUCGCUGUGGAAGAAUCCCUCGAGGAGCGCAACUUGCAUGGUUGUAUACUUUGUGCUUGUGCUUUUCAAUUUGACCACCCGCGCCGCAAUCCUCCUGAUAAUCUUCGGCGUCUUCUACCGACGAUGGCACCCCCGCGAUCUAAGUGAACUACGGGGCGUAGUCACGAAAGCGGAGAAUCAAAACGCGAGCGUGCAUGAUUUGACCGAACUGAUACUGCAAUAUGGCACAAGAGGCUGGGUCGAUCAGGUCAUUGACCAGGCAGGACCCAUUCUGCUCCAUCGGUCAGAACACACGGCAGAUGUGCUGGAGAGAAUCCAGAAGCAGGUUUCCACCCCCUUCUACGAGUGGCGCGAUCCACCACGCACGCGCAUCAUGCUCUCCAAACUCGUUGCCUUGGUGAUACUGAUAACCUUGGCGCCCACCUGGCUGCUCGUACAGAUGAGCUUCUUCGCGGCAGGAAUCAUGUUCUUCAUCAUGGAGCCCAUUAGGAACAAGUUCCCACGAUACCGACUGCUCACAUCGCCGAUGACUUGGUUGAUGUGGAAGAUCCCCACGCACGCCGAGUGGGCUAUCGCUCGAUUGCAGGCGGAAGCAGCGUCUUAUAUUGCAGAUGAUGUCCAUGGCGCUGCUGCUGACGAUCCAGCCGCAUAUAGUGAACGUACUUCCGGUGCAGGAAAUGUCCGCAUGAUCGGAAACUACAACUGCACCGCUGGCGUAUUGAAGGUGACGACCCGUUCGAUCUCCCUUUCACCGAACGGCCCAGCUGGAGAUGGCUGGUGUCUGAGAUACCACGAGCUUGAUAGCAUGCACAAGGUCGAGAACCCAACACGAAGCAAAGAAAUGAAAGGGCUCAACUUUGUAACAGUGGCCGGAGAGACCCUUUGCGUCUACGACUUGCUGCUUCGAGACGAGAUCUUUUCCCAAAUCUUGGGCUACAGCGGGCUGCGGUGGAAGAAGAUUGAAUGA